AUGCGUAGAAAGAAGAAAAGCAAAAUAUGUGACAAAGCCUCACAUGAGGAGGAAGAUAGGAUUGGCCAGCUACCGGAACCUUUGAUAUCUGAAAUACUUUAUCAUCUUACUACCAAGGAUGCUGUAAGAACGAGUGUUUUGUCUACCAAAUGGAGAAAUCUUUGGCGAUGGGUUCCUGGAUUGGUCUUGAACUCCCGUGCAUUCUCGGAUUCUAAUGCCUUAGUGAGUUUCCUUGAAACGUUUUUUUAUUACAACAGGGAGUCAUGGAUACGCAAACUACGGUUAAGUGUUGCUUAUUGUCAUGGUAUAUGUGGUCCUGGUCCCACGUCAUUGAUUGAUGCUGUGAUUACGCGUAGGAGGAUUCAGCAUCUUGAUCUUACUUUUUGGACUGGUAAUGGUAUACCACUGAGUUUAUAUACCUGUGAGACACUGGUACACUUACGACUAUAUAUGGUCACCUUGUGUAAUGCUGAGUUUGUUUCCUUACCUUGUCUGAAGAUCAUGCAUUUACAAUUUAACAAAUAUCCCAACGAGACCACGUUGCAAAAACUUAUCUCGGGCUCUCCAGUUCUGGAAGAUUUAACCAUCUACAGAGAUCCGUCUGAUAAGGCUUUUCGAGUGCACUCUUAUACACUAAAGAGAAUCCACAUAAAUGCGUCUACUGAAGUUGUGAUCGAUGCACCUCUACUCCAUUGUUUAAGUGCUAAGGUUUACCCAACAAAGAAGAACUUUCAGAUCGUCAAUUUGGGUUUCUCUACCAGAAUAGAGAUAGAUCUUGUUCCUUACCCCAACUUUAGCCAUGUGACGACAUGCAGUAGAAGCAUGAUUCAUGACAUCCUCACCGACAUAUCGAGGGUCAGGGACCUAGUUAUUAUUAAUAAUGCUCUUUGGAAGGAAAUCUUUCAAUACUCGAAGUCGGGACCAGUGCUUCAGUUUCCUGACCUAUCUCGUUUGAAUGUUAAAUUUUCUAAAUCUGAUAUUGAAAUGUUGCCAACCAUUCUUGAGAGCUGCCCAAAACUAGAAUCUUUACUAAUGGUAAUAAAAAUUGAAGUGUCCCGUCCUAAUAAGAAGAAAAUAGAUCCAAAGGUGAUUUUUUCAACAGUUCCACGGUGUUUGGUAUCAUCGCUCAAGUUUGUGGGAUGGAAACGUUCGAUCCUAGGGCUCGAGAUUUACUAUACGGGCGAAAAGCCUAAGUGUGCUUUCCUUGAAGAACUCGUUACAAUGCCAAGAUGCUCUAGCGUUUGUGAAAUCCAUUUUUCUGUGAUGAUUCCUAAAAAAUAA